GGUCGGCGAAGGGUGGAGUUUGUACGCCGCCUCUGAGGAACAGAGCAGGGAGGGAACAGGGGGAAAAAAUCACAAGUUGACAUUAAUCAGCAUUCGGAACAUCACUUUGGGGAAAAGGGAUUUUUUCUGAUAUUUAAACUUUUUAGAGGAAAAAAACAUCGUAGAUAGAAGACACAAGAGGAGUCCAGCAAGGAGACCCCCGAACGUGAGCGUAUACUGGGAGGACAUCUCCCAUUGACACAAGUUUCCAUCAGGAGCUGAUUGGCUGUGUGCCGAGUGCCCGGUGCGAAGUCGGAGGCAAACGGCUGUCUUAAGCAGGAACCUGUGGAAACACGUCGGAAAAGCAAAAACCAGCGGUGCAGUAACUACGCAGACAGAGAGAGGCAGUCAUGGUGGCCCUGUCGCUGAAGAUCGGCGUGGGGAACGUGGUGAAGACCAUGCAGUUCGAACCCUCCACCCUGGUGUACGACGCCUGUCGCAUCAUCAGGGAGAGGGUCCCUGAAGCGCAGCUGGGCCAACCCAACGACUAUGGCCUGUUCCUGUCGGACGAGGACCCGAAGAAAGGGAUCUGGCUGGAGGCUGGGAAAGCCCUGGAUUAUUACAUGCUGCGGAAUGGGGACACCCUGGAGUACAAGAAGAAGCAGAGGCCCCUGAAGAUCCGUAUGUUGGACGGGACGGUGAAGACCGUCAUGGUGGACGACUCCAAAAUCGUCAGCGACAUGCUGAUGACCAUCUGCGCCAGGAUAGGCAUCACAAACUAUGACGAGUACUCGCUGGUGCGAGACAUCUUGGAGGAGAAGAAGGAGGAGACCACAGGAACACUGAAGAAGGACAAGACUCUCCUGAGAGACGACAAGAAGAUGGAGAAGCUGAAACAGAAGCUCCACACAGAUGACGAGUUGAACUGGCUGGACCACGGCCGUACCCUGAGGGAGCAGGGUGUGGAGGAGAUUGAGAUGUUGCUGCUCAGGAGGAAGUUCUUCUACUCGGACCAGAACGUGGACUCCAGAGACCCGGUCCAGCUCAACCUGCUCUACGUGCAGGCCCGAGACGACAUCCUGAACGGCUCCCACCCCGUCUCCUUCGACAAAGCUUGCGAUUUCGCCGGCUACCAGUGUCAGAUUCAGUUUGGGGACCACAACGAAUCCAAGCACAAACCGGGAUUCUUAGACUUGAAAGAGUUCCUGCCAAAGGAGUACAUCAAACACAAAGGAGAGAAAAAGAUCUUUCAGGCUCACAAAAACUACCAAAACAUGACAGAAAUUGAAGCCAAAGUCAGCUACGUCAAACUUGCCAGGUCUCUGAAAACCUAUGGGGUGUCCUUCUUCUUAGUAAAGGAGAAAAUGAAGGGGAAGAACAAGCUUGUGCCACGCCUGCUGGGCAUCACCAAGGACAAGGUGAUGAGAGUGGAUGAGAAGACCAAGGAGGUGAUUCAGGAGUGGAGCCUGACCAACAUCAAGCGCUGGGCCGCCUCGCCCAAGAGCUUCACUCUGGAUUUUGGAGAUUAUCAAGAUGGGUACUACUCGGUCCAGACCACUGAAGGAGAGCAGAUUGCACAGUUGAUAGCUGGAUAUAUCGACAUCAUUCUGAAGAAGAAAAAGAGUAAAGAUCACUUUGGCUUAGAAGGAGAUGAAGAAUCCACUAUGCUGGAGGAUUCUGUAUCUCCCAAAAAGUCCACGGUGAUGCAGCAGCAGUUUAAUAAGGUGGGGAAGGUGGAGACGGGGUCCGUGGCCCUGCCUGCCAUCAUGCGCCCCGGCGCCGGGGGUCCAGAGAGCUUCCAGAUGGGCUCCAUGCCUCAGGCCAAGCAGCACGUCACCAGCGGACAGAUGCACCGCGGACACAUGCCCCCUCUGACCUCGGCUCAGCAGGCCCUCACCGGCACCAUUAACUCCAGCAUGCAGGCGGUGCAGGCCGCACAGGCCGCUCUGGAUGAGAUCGAAGUCCUCCCUCCCCUCGGCUCGGACGUCGCGUCCCAAGAAUGGCGUAAAAACAAAAUGGGCGAGUCCAAACACGUGAUCCACUCCCAAGUGGACGCCAUCACGGCAGGAACAGCGUCCAUGGUCAACCUCACCGCAGGCGACCCGGCGGAGACAGACUACACGGCCGUGGGCUGCGCGGUGACCACCAUCUCCUCCAACCUGACGGAGAUGUCCAAGGGCGUGAAGCUGCUGGCCGCGCUGAUGGAGGACGAGGGCGCCAGCGGGCAGCAGCUCUUGGGGGCCGCCAAGAACCUGGCCUGCGCCGUGUCCGACAUGCUGAAGACCGCCCAGCCCGCCAGCACCGAGCCACGACAGAACCUCCUGCAGGCCGCGGGCAACGUGGGCCAGGCCAGUGGGGAGCUGCUGCAGCAGAUCGGAGAGAGUGACGCCGACCCCCGAUUCCAGGACAUGCUGAUGCAGCUGGCGAAGGCGGUGGCCAACGCGGCCGCCGCUCUAGUGCUGAAGGCCAAGAACGUGGCGCAGAAGACGGAGGACUCCGCCCAGCAGAACCGUGUCAUCGCCGCGGCGACGCAGUGCGCCCUCUCCACCUCCCAGCUGGUGGCGUGCACCCGGGUGGUGGCCCCCACCAUCAGCUCUCCGGUGUGCCAGGAGCAGCUGAUCGAGGCGGGCAAGCUGGUGGCCAAGUCGGUGGAGGGGUGCGUGGAGGCGUCGCAGGGCGCCACCAAUGACGAGCAGCUCCUGAAGCAGGUGGGCGUGGCCGCCACGGGCGUGACCCAGGCCCUCAAUGAGCUGCUGCAGCACAUCAAGCAGUACGCCAGCGGGGGCCAGCCAAUUGGCCGCCACGGGGAGGCCACCGACCGCAUCCUCGACGUCACCGAGAACAUCUUCAGCUCCAUGGGAGACGCAGGUGAGAUGGUGCGGCAGGCCCGGAUCCUGGCCCAGGCGACCUCCGACCUCGUCAACGCCAUCAAGGCCGACGCCGAGGGCGAGUCGGACCUGGAGAACUCCCGCAAGCUGCUGUCGGCCGCCAAGCUUCUGGCUGACGCCACUGCCAAAAUGGUGGAGGCCGCCAAGGGCGCGGCCGCUAACCCGGACAGCGAGGAGCAGCAGCAGAAACUGCGUGAGGCGGCGGAAGGACUGCGCAUGGCCACCAACGCCGCCGCACAGAACGCCAUCAAGAAGAGACUGGUCAACAAGCUGGAGAACGCGGCGAAGCAGGCGGCGGCAGCAGCCACUCAGACCAUCGCGGCGGCCCAGCACGCCGCCUCCUCCAACAAGAACCCCGCCGCCCAGCAGCAGCUCGUCCAGAGCUGCAAGGUGGUGGCUGAGCAGAUUCCCAUGCUGGUCCAGGGAGUCCGUGGCAGCCAGUCCCAGCCCGACAGCCCCAGCGCCCAGCUGGCUCUGAUCGGGGCCGGCCAGAACUUCCUGCAGCCUGGAGCCAAAAUGGUGACUGCAGCCAAGGCCACCGUGCCGACCAUCGGCGACCAAGCCUCUGCCAUGCAGCUCAGCCAGUGUGCCAAGAACCUGGCCUCUGCCCUGGCCGAGCUCCGCACCGCAGCACAGAAGGCGCAGGAAGCCUGCGGCCCACUGGAGAUUGACAAUGCCCUGUCCGUGGUGCGCGGUCUGGAGAAGGACAUGCGCGAGACCAAGACCUCAGCAGCCGAAGGCAAACUCAAGCCCCUGCCCGGGGAAACGCUGGAGAAGAGUUCCCAGGAUCUGGGCAGCAGCACCAAGGCGGUGAGCUCAGCCAUCGCCCAGCUGCUGAGUGAAGCCACCCAGGGCAAUGAAAACUACACAGGCAUGGCUGCACGUGAUGUCGCUCAGGCCCUCCGCGCCCUGGCUUCGUCCGCACGCGGGGUGGCCGCCAACACCGCCGACCCCCAGGCCUGCAACGCCAUGCUGGACUGCGCCGCGGACGUCAUGGACAAGUCGGCCAACCUCAUCGAGGAGACCAAGAGAGCCAUCGCCAAGCCCGGGGACCCAGAGAGCCAGCAGAGGCUGGCCCAGGUGGCAAAGGCUGUGUCCCAGGCCCUGAACAGGACGGUAAACUGCUUGCCUGGACAGAGAGAUGUGGACAACGCCAUCCGGACAGUCGGAGAGGCCAGCAAGAAGCUCCUGUCCAACUCGUUCCCUGCGGGCGGUAAGAACUUCCAGGAGGCGCAGGCCAACCUGAACCAGGCUGCCGCCGGGCUGAACCUGUCCGCUAACGAGCUGGUGCAGGCCUCCCGCGGCACCACCCAGGACCUGGCCAAGGCCUCGGGCAAGUUCGGCCAGGACUUCAACGAGUUCCUGGAGGCCGGCGUGGACAUGGCUGGGCAGUCACAGUCCAAGGAAGACCAGACGCAGGUGGUCACCAACCUGAAGACCAUCUCCAUGUCCUCCAGCAAGCUCCUGCUGGCUGCCAAGGCCCUCUCCACCGACCCCAACGCCCCCAACCUCAAGAACCAGCUGGCAGCCGCGGCCCGUGCCGUCACUGACAGCAUCAACCAGCUAAUCACCAUGUGCACCCAGCAGGCCCCGGGGCAGAAGGAGUGUGAUAACGCCCUGCGCGAGUUGGAGACGGUUCGAGGGAUGCUGGAGAACCCCACAGAGGCUGUGUGCGACCUCUCCUACUUCGACUGCAUCGACAGCGUCAUGGAGAACUCCAAGGUCUUGGGAGAGGCCAUGGCCGGGAUUUCUCACAAUGCCAAGAACAGCAACCUGCCGGAGUUCGGCGACUCGGUCAGCUCCGGCUCCAAGGCCCUGUGCGGCCUCACGGAGGCAGCGGCUCAGGCGGCUUACCUGGUUGCCGUUUCGGACCCCAGCAGCCACGCCGGUCAGAAGGGUCUGGUGGACCCGGCCCAGUUCGCCCGAGCCAACCAGUCCAUCCAGAUGGCCUGCCAGAACCUGACCGACCCAGCCUGCACCCAGUCCCAGGUCCUCUCCGCCGCCACCAUUGUUGCCAAACACACGUCCGCCCUCUGCAACGCCUGCCGACUCGCCUCCUCAAAGACCGCCAACCCCGUCGCUAAGCGACAGUUCGUCCAGUCCGCUAAGGAGGUGGCCAACAGCACGGCCAAUCUCGUCAAAUCCAUCAAGGCCCUGGACGGAGCGUUCAACGAGGAGAACCGGGAGAAAUGCAAGGCCGCCACGGGCCCCCUGAUCGAGGCGGUGGACAACCUCACCGCUUUCGCCUCCAACCCCGAGUUCGCCAGCGUCCCAGCACAGAUCAGCCCGGAGGGCUUGGCAGCGAUGGAGCCUAUCGUUGCAGCAGCAAAGACCAUGCUGGUGAGCUCCACUGGCAUGAUCCAGACCGCGCGCUCGCUGGCCGUCAACCCCAAAGACCCACCCAACUGGUCCGUUCUGGCCGGCCACUCCAGAACGGUUUCCGACUCCAUCAAGAAGCUCAUCACCAACAUGAGAGAUAAGGCCCCGGGACAGAGAGAGUGUGACGACGCCAUCGAGGUCCUCAACAACUGCAUCCGCGAGGUUGACCAGGCCUCGCUGGCAGCCAUCAGCCAGCAGCUCACCCCCAGAGAGGACAUCUCCCAAGAGGCACUGCAUGAGCAGAUGGCCGCGUCGGUCCAGGAGAUCAGCAACCUGAUCGAGCCGGUCGCCAUCGCAGCCCGCUCCGAAGCCUCCCAGCUGGGACACAAGGUGUCCCAGAUGGUCAGCUACUUUGAGCCGCUCAUCAUGGCUUCCAUCGGCACGGCUUCAAAGAUCCUGAACAGCCAGCAGCAGAUGAAUGUGCUGGAUCAGACCAAGACGCUGGCCGAAUCCGCCCUGCAGAUGCUCUACACUGCCAAGGAGGCGGGUGGCAACCCCAAGGCGGCGCACACCCAGGAGGCUCUGGAGGAGUCCGUGCAGAUGAUGAAGGAGGCCGUAGACGACCUGUCGGCCACCCUGGCCGAGGCCGCCAGCGCGGCGGGGGCCGUGGGCGGGAUGGUGGACUCCAUCAACCAGGCCAUCAACAAGAUGGGGGAGGGCCCCAGCGAGGAGCCAGAGGGAACCUUCGUGGACUACCAGACCACCAUGGUGAAGACCGCCAAGGCCAUCGCUGUCACCGUGCAAGAGAUGGUGACUAAAUCUAACACCAACCCCGAUGAACUGGGAGGCCUGGCCAAUCAGCUGACCAGCGAGUUCGGAGACCUUGCCACUGAGGCCAAGUGUGCCGCCAUCACAGCUGAGAACGACGAGAUUGGGUCCCACAUUAAGAAGCAGGUGCAUGAGCUGGGCUUCAGCUGCACAGGGCUGGUGACCAAAGCCGGGGCCCUGCAGUGCAGCCCCAGCGACUCUUUCACCAAGAAGGAGCUGAUCGAGAGCGCCCGCAAGGUCUCCGAAAAGGUGUCACACGUGCUGGCAGCCCUCCAGGCGGGUAACCGCGGCACCCAGGCCUGCAUCACGGCGGCCAGCGCGGUCUCCGGCAUCAUCGCCGACCUGGACACCACCAUCAUGUUCGCCACGGCCGGCACGCUCAACCGUGAGAACGCGGAGACCUUCGCUGACCACCGGGAGAACAUCCUGAAGACAGCCAAAGCCCUGGUGGAGGACACCAAGCUGCUGGUGUCCGGGGCGGGGGCCAGCCAGGAGAAGCUGGCCCAGGCCGCGCAGUCCUCCGUCACCACCAUCACCAAACUGGCCGAGGUGGUGAAGCUGGGCGCAGCCAGCCUGGGGGCCGAGGACCCCGAGACCCAGGCCUUGUAUGGCUCAGCUGGUUGCCUGCUGGGUCAGGAUGUGGUCCUGAUCAACGCGGUGAAGGACGUGGCCAAAGCGCUGGGUGACCUCAUCAGCGCCACGAAGGCCGCAGCAGGCAAGCCGCACGAUGACCCGGCCAUGCUCCAGCUCAAGAACUCCGCCAAGGUGAUGGUGACCAACGUGACCUCCCUGCUGAAGACCGUGAAGGCGGUAGAGGACGAGGCCACCAAGGGCACGCGGGCGCUGGAGGCCACCAUCGAGCACAUCAAACAGGAGCUGGCGGUCUUCAGCAGCGCAGACCCACCCCCGAAGACAGCCACUCCGGAGGAGUUCAUCCGCAUGACCAAAGGCAUCACCUUCGCCACCGCCAAAGCUGUGGCUGCUGGGAACUCCUGCCGCCAGGAGGACGUCAUCGCCACGGCGAACCUGAGCCGAAGGGCCAUCGCGGACAUGCUGCACUCCUGCAAGCAAGCGGCCUACCACCCGGAGGUGAGCAAGGAGGUGCAGAUGCGGGCGGUGCGCUACGGCAAGGAGUGUGCCAGUGGAUACCUGGGCCUGCUGGAGCACGUGCUUGUGAUCAUCCAGAAGCCAUCCCACGACCUGAAGCAGCAGCUGGCCACCUACUCCAAACGCGUGGCAGGCUCCGUCACCGAGCUCAUCCAAGCCGCAGAGGCCAUGAAAGGCACGGAGUGGGUGGACCCGGAGGACCCCACUGUCAUCGCGGAGAACGAGCUCCUGGGAGCCGCUGCUGCCAUUGAGGCCGCUGCCAAGAAACUGGAGCAGCUGAAGCCCCGUGCCAAGCCUAAGGAGGCGGACGAGAGCCUAAACUUCGAGGAGCAGAUUCUGGAAGCGGCGAAGUCGAUCGCCGCAGCAACCAGUGCGUUGGUGAAGGCGGCAUCGGCGGCUCAGAGGGAGCUGGUCGCCCAGGGCAAGGUCGGUGCGAUCCAGGCCAACGCGGUCGACGACGGUCAGUGGUCCCAGGGUCUCAUUUCAGCGGCCCGGAUGGUUGCCGCGGCAACCAACAACCUGUGCGAAGCGGCCAACUCGGCGGUCCAAGGCCACGCCAGCGAGGAGAAGCUCAUCUCCUCCGCCAAGCAGGUGGCCGCCUCCACCGCCCAGCUACUGGUGGCCUGCAAGGUCAAGGCUGACCAGGACUCCCAGACCAUGAAGAGACUGCAGGCUGCCGGUAACGCGGUGAAGAGGGCGUCAGACAACCUGGUGAAGGCAGCACAGAAGGCCGCAUUCGAUGCCCAGGACGACCAGGCCGUCGUCGUCAAGAGCAAGAUGGUCGGCGGCAUUGCCCAGAUCAUCGCCGCUCAGGAGGAGAUGCUGCGGAAGGAACGCGAGCUGGACGAGGCCCGUAAGAAGCUGGCCAUGAUCAGGCAGCAGCAGUACAAGUUCCUGCCCACAGAGCUGAGGGAGGAUGGGCAGGAGCAGUGAGCAACGGCCGAUGACUCACACAGCAAAGACAAAUCACGAGCCCGGGCACGAGCUUUUUAGUGAUGGGCAGUUGCGAAAUUCAAAUGGAUUUUGAGGUGUUGCGCUUAGGCUACAAAAGCAAUAUUUGGCUGCGUAUAAAGAAAUUGGUAUAUUAAAAAGUGAAAACUGUAUCAGGAUGUCCAUUUUAAUUUUUUUCUGUUUAUUUGUCACUCUUUAAACGCUUAGGCUGACAGUGCCACUGUUUUGUUUAAAUAAUGUAAAAUGUAUGCCAACUCUAAGGUAAUUUGCGCCUUUAAUAUUUCUAUAUGUGAUUAACUUGGUAAUUAGAAUAGUUGUCCCUUACUAUAUUGCAUGUGUUCACUGUGGCUACAACAUUAUCUAUCUCAGUAAUUUCACACCUUUUCGCUUUUCGAUACUUUUUUCAGCUGUAUUGCCGAAACAACAGCCUAAUUUUAGAGAGCACAAAGUCUAGACGUUUGGGGUGGGUGGGAGGGGAGGCUGGGCGUCUGCCUGUUUUCUGUUGCUCGAUUAGAAAUCGCGGUCACCUGAAGGUGGAGUCACCGAGGGCAUGGUUCGAAGACUCUUCUUACUGACCAAAACUGAGAAAGAACACUGCGAAGAUUUCUACACAUUUACGGGAAAAGAGAAAACGGCCGCAUUGAGGAGCUAUGCUUUUCUGCAGAGCUGGCGCGCGGAGUUCGUUCAAGACUUUCAGAGUUCCAAAGAAGAAAACUGUUUUGCCAGAAUGUUUGUAGGGCAGUCAGGGAGGUGUUCUCCUUUAACCCAGAACAUUCAAAUGCAUUUUUGUUGCAAUUUGGACCAGAAGUGCAAUGAUUGAUUUUUUUUGUUGCGUCGAAACAAUUCAUAGAAAGCAUACAUAUCAUUUUUUAAAAUAAAUAAACAAAAGCUAUGAAAUGUGUUACAAAUGGUAUCUUCUAUUAAAUUUAUAUAUUAAUAAAAA